AGCAAGAGUCUGAUCGGUUUCAAAGGUAGUUCAGAGACUCCAGCGAAACCUGCAGUCUUCAUGAUUAAGCCCUUAACAAGAUGAGCUCUGCACAGCCUCCACAUUAUCCUGGGAAGUUUACCAUCGCUCUGCUCGGAAAGAGUGCUGACUCAGUGAACAGGACUGGAAGUACAAUCAUUAGAGAUCCCAAUGCUUCUGUCACAAAACUGGGCAAUUUUGUUGAGCAUAACAACAACCUCUACAGAAUCAUCAGUACUUGUGAUUUCUUUGAUGAGCAAUAUGAUUUCCCAGAUCAGCUGAUCAUUGAUUUCAUGGCUCUUUCUGAUCCUGGACCUUGUCUGUUCAUAUUGGUAAUAGAUUCAAAAAACACACAAGUGGAAAAAGUUGUGACUCAAAUCUCUCACCUUCAACGUGUGUUUGGAGAAAAUGUCACAGAAAACAUAGUCAUUGUGUUGGAAGAGAGUCGAGAGAAUUUACAAGGUCGCAUUAAGGAAAUGUACAAUAUCCAGAUGGCAACUAUGAAUGAAAAUCUUGCUUUCCAAUGUAAGGAGUGGUGUUCACACCAACGGCCAUUUCAGUUUGACUACAAUAACUACCCCCAACACACUGUGAAACGAAGGAAAGAUCACCUGAUACGCACGAGGAGAAAGUGUGAUUAUACAGGUGAGACUUAUCAGAGAAACACUGGCAGGUCUGCUUCUACAGAGACAGGAAUGCAAACCAAAGUGAAACACAGACACUCAUGGCAUGCUCAGCAAUAUCCUCGGAGUACAGGUGCCAGCUCACAGCAGAUUUCCCUGCCUGCAAAAAGAGCACCCGGACAACAUGAUGGUGUCUAUGGUUCAAGGGAAGGUCUCUAUAACAUGGUUCUUCUCGGGAAAAGCGGAACUGGAAAGAGUGCAUCUGCAAACACCAUCCUGACUGCUGGGAAGCUCAUUGGUGGUUCAAACCAACAUUUUCAGUCUUAUCCCAGCUCCACACCAGUCACCACCAGGUGUGAGGUGAAAAUAGUGGAGAUAUUUGGGAUACCAGUUAGAGUAGUUGACACCCCAGACUUUUUUUAUGAAGAGGAACAUGUAAACCAGGCACAGGUAGAAGAGUGUAAGAGGUACUGUCAGGAAGGGCAUUGUGUGACGUUACUUGUGAUGCAGCUGGGCAGGUUCACAGAUGGUGAGAGAAACAUAUUAGAGAAGCUAGAGAAAAGCCUUGGCUGGAGAAUCAGGGACAACUGCUCCUCUCAGCAGUGUUAG